ACGAGUGCUCGCAGUCGUCAACAUGAUGUGGCACAUCGCAACGGCGGCCACAAUUAAUUUUAAGUUUAUCGUAAAUUCGUUCGCCGAUCGUGUCGGCAUAUAAUAAUUAUGUAAUAUAAAUCUUACUUAGUUACUUUUUCGUUUACUGUAUUCGUCGAAUCCGUUAAAUAGUACAAAAACACGAAAUCCGUUGACGAAAAUCGAAGUUUUUUAACGACCAACGUUACGUAUUGUAUAUCGGAUUUACUAAAAGGCUGUGUUACAACGUAAAUAAAACGAUAUGGAAGCAGUACCCGAUUUCGAAGAAUUAACGUUAUGUGGAUAUUGUAAACAGAAAUUUAACGAUACGGACCAAAGCCCCAAGAUGUUAUCGUGCAAGCAUUAUUUUUGUCUGCAGUGCAUGCGAACGACUCUCGUAAAGGGAGGUGAACUAUUUUGCGUCCAUUGCUGGAAACGUACCGAGCUUGGUGAGAUGGGACCCGAAUCGCUGCCGACCUACGCUCCGGUGCUGCAUUUAACCAAGAACUUCGCCCAGCUGAAGUUGGGCGCGAAACCUCCCGAAAAGCAACCUCCAAAGGUAAUAUCCGAAAACUGCCACACGCACGCCAUGCCGUUGGCGCUGUGGUGUCAUACGUGUUGUUCGCCCUUGUGCCGCGCGUGCGCGUCGACAAGUGAACACACGAAUCACCAAAUCAAAUCGCAGAACGAAGCGAAAGACCAAUUGGUUACGGAAGUACAAAUGGAUCUCGUAUCAAUGAACAAGAUCCUGUCCGAAAUACAACGUUUAACGAUGCAGCAGCGAGAAUUUCUGGUGAAAAUUCUCGAGGCAUGCGUCACCUUAAAAACGCACGUCGAAGCGGAACUGACGAAUAGUAACGCUCACGUUGAGUUAACCGAAACGCGCGACUACUUAGCGAAAGCCAGAAUGAACCUCUCGGUGGCCGACAGUUUAGUAGACGUGCAAAAUCUAUACUCGUCCCUAACGAUGGAAAAGCAACGAUUGCAAUCGCGUUACCAAGAAAUGUAUCUCCAAUGCCAAUUAGACGACUUAAUCCGAAACUCGACGGUCGUACUCGAUUUUCAAUUACUAAAACAAGCGGUCGGAAACAUUCACAGCGGCGAGAUGUCGUUCGCGAGCAACUCUCGAAUAUUGCCACUCAACCAGCAGAACCCCAUCCUCUUCCUUGCCAACUACUGUCUGUCCCAGCUGUACUCGCGGCACGUCCUCUCGAAACAGCCCCUAAACGGCAACCUCGACUACCACAAUCACAACGCGAUUCCCCCACUCCCCCCGAACUACAUGGCCUCGCACGGGCCGCCGCACCUCCUACUAACGUCGCCAAAAAACAUGUACCCCGACAACAACAUGCUCGUACAAAACAUGAUCCACUCGCCGCAAAUCAUCAAAAACCCCUCCAACCUUUGUCCGCUCUACUACUUUAACAUCGAGGUAAAUAACACGCCGAUGGGCCGAAUCGUUAUAGAAGUACGCGCGGACGUCGCGCCGAAAAUGGCGAAGAAUUUCGGUGUGCUGACGACGGGCGAGGCGGGCAUGGGCUACAAGGGCUGCUCAAUUUUCCAAUGCUGGGAGGGGGAGAGCGUGAUAACGGGCGAUUUCGAGUUGAACAACGGUCGCGGCGGUCGAUCGAUCUUCGAGGACUCCUUCUUCCUCCCCGACGACACAAAGCUGCUGGCGGUACGCGGAACGGUCGGCAUGCGGCGCACGCAAAAGCGGCACGACAACCUGGGAAUGGUCGGUUCGCAAUUUCGCGUCAUUUUGCAGGAGAUGCGCGGCUUCACGGGCAUAUUCGGGCACGUCGUCGAGGGGCUGGACCUAGUCGAAAAAAUUAGUACGUACGGCGACAACGCCGGCAAGCCGACGAAGAAUAUACUGAUAUCAAAGUGUGGGAAGUUAUAAGUUAGGUUAGUACGGUUUAGAGGUAGAUUUCUGUCAAUAGUUUUAUAGUUCAUUUGGCAUGGCAUUUAUUUUUACGUUUUAUUAAUGUAGACACGGUGCGAUUCCAUUUUGACAAAAAACCAGUUAGAUCGGACGUGUGCACGCGAUUUGUGGUACGUGCCAUCGUUUUCUUUUACAAUUUCCUUUUGAUUACUUUCGAUAUAUGAUCAUAUCGAUAAGCCUUAUUCCUCAGCACAACAAAUUUGUUAGUUUUAGGUUUAGGUAUUGGGGGAAAAAAAACCUAGAUAUAACCGUAAUUGAAAAUAUCAUUUGGUUUUCGGUUAAGGAUCGUUGCGAAUAUUGUAUAAGAAAUCUAAAUUAUAUGGCGCUUUUUAAUGUUUUAAGCCGCUUCUAACAUUAAAAAGGGUCUUUCGAUUUUGCAAAAAGAAAAGCAAAUGGUUCGCUUUGAGAAAAAGAUAAUCGUACUACUACUAAUGAUAAAAAAAGUUAUAUACUAUAAAUGUUUCAUGUAGCUUGCGCAUUAUCGUAUAGUUUUUAAAACACGACCGUCUUAGCUUUCUAUCAAUUUCCGAAAAACAACUAUAUUUUCGUAUCGUAAAGAUAGCGUAAAGCAGAUGGAUCAAUAUUUUUAAAAUGGCGAACGUUGACGUUGAAUGUUAUUAGCUUUAUAAGAAUUCGUAGCUUAAAUAGCAAUCGUUUAUAUUGUUACAAAACGUUUAGUGUGCUAGUGCGUGUUAAUAUUUCAAAUUUUAAUUCCUAGAAAUUUCCAAACGAUCGCGUUUUAUAAGAAUGGUUCAAGGGGAGGUGAUUAGUCAUUUUUUUAGUUAAAUACGUACACAGAGCUAAGCUUUGGAAACUAAGUAACUUAGGCCUAAUUUUUUUCAGGAUGUCGAUAUACUUAUAGAAUUAUCCUUAGUUUAAAGGCAUUGUUUUUUUUACAAUAUUUCGCUUGCUGGAAUUGUGUUGGUGAUUUUUUAAAAUUGUGUAAUAUUUGUAAAUCAGAGAGGGAACGUCGUAAUGCCGCAAUGAAUCGUAAUGCAAAUGGCCAGUCGUGUAUAACAAAGUACGUUCUUAAAUACUGAUUUUCAAAUCGUAAAUUUUACCAAAGUAUGUUCAUUCGAGAAGUAUCACGAAGCGUUAUGUACUUUUAUUUGUGAAACGAAAGUGCGUAAUUGAGCCAAUGAACAUUAUUUAGGUGUAAGUCGGUUGUAUCGGUAAUUGUUAUACUUAUUUUAAAGUUUAUUUAGCACAUAGAUCCAAUAUUCGGGUAAUAUUUAUGUGGUAUAGACAUGCUCUCAAAAAGCAGAAUAUAUUGAAUGUUACGAAUAAAAGUUAUUUUAGCAACUUUUUUUAUUUCUUUAUCUUUUCCCUGUUUUGGCAAAAUUCGUUUCUAAAUGUACCAUCCUUUAUUUGGUGCCUUAACCAAAAAAAGAGAAAAAAUUAUUUUCGUGAGAACGAAUGUAAAAAGUGUACAGAACGGACGGAUACGUUGCGGUCGGCGAUUAGGAAAAUUUUAUAGCGAAAUUUUGAAUUGUUAGAAAAGGUUAUGUUAGUUAGGGUCAUGCGGGAAUUAUGUGUCGAUUUAAAGUACAAAACGGUUUUGGUUUGUUUUCUAAUAAAUGUAUCGGUACAACGUAGCAUCAACGCAAAAGUGUAGUCUACAUGUUAGCCUUUAAAUGUAUUGCGGACCUUUGAAGUACCUGUUUCUAUAUCUUAAUGUACUACAUUAUAUCACUUCUUGCAUGUAAAUAUAUAUUACUCUUACCCAGUUUCAUGUCGUCUUUUGCAUAUGGCGGCGGGCAACCGUAAGCUUUUUGAUAUAUACAACGAAAGAAUGCCAAGACAGAUUUGAAACUUGGAAAAAGCAAAGUACAUUUUUAGGUAUAUUAAAAGUUUUCCCUUUUAAGUGUUUAAUGUGUAACAUUUGAAACGAAUGUAAUGUUAAUUCUUCAUAUUAGUAAAAAACAAUUAAAAAAAAUAUUAAUGUCAGGCAUCAUGUGCAAUCGUUUAGAUUAGAACUAUCGAUGUACAUUUUAGCUUAGUACAAUCCUAAAUGCGUUUCGUAAAUGUAAACAGAUGUAAUUAGCUAUAGAACAAGUAGGGCGUUCUCAUUCGAUCAUCGUUAACUAAUGCCGUACUUUACAAUAGAGCCGAUCACUCGCGCUUGUUUUAUAGUAAAUUAAAAUCUGUAAUUUAACGUUUAUUAGCCUCCUUCAAGCGAUUUCAGUGUAGCAGCCAGUGUCUGUGCCUUGGACCCAACUAAUAUUUGUGAUAACUUGAGUACCUACCACCUCACGAGAUAGAAUUCAAAUAAAUAACUUUCCGCAUUUA